CGAAAGCAUCCCCACACUCGUGCCUCCACACGUUGCUCAGCAUCCUUCUCCUCCCUGUAAUCUCCCCUCCUCCUCCUCCUCCUCCUCCUCCUCUUCCUCCUCCUCCUACUGUAUGUCCCUCUCCGCUCACGCUCUCUCGGUCUCGGUCUCAGCGUCGCUCAGAGCAGUUGUUCGGCAGAGCGGCGAUACGUUUACACAGCGUGCGUUUUCGGCGGCGGCGCGCGCGUCUCCACAGCGGCGGCAGGCUGUGGGCGAACUCGCAAGAAAGGGAGCAGAGAGUCUGAUAGAAAAAGGGAGAGUGAAUGGCAAGCGAGGCAGGACUGAGCGGAACCGGAGAGAAAGCAGCACUCCUGAUUUGUUAGGCCCCAGACAAGUACAAAGCACCGAUCUUUCACGACAGGAGCCCACCAGACGACUCCACCUGCUCACAUUUCCGCCAUCGCCUCUCCUGCAGGUUUUUAUUAAAUGAAGACACAGACCUGUCCAGCUCCCUGACAUCCUUCAGCCCCUUCACUCGGACCAGUCGGCCGUACAUGGAGACCCCCAGUUGGGCAGAAACGAAGCCAGGAACUGGUCUGUGCAAACCGGGGACCAUCACUCUCUUUGGGAACGUGGUGUACGGCGGGCUCUUCAACGAACACUUUUGGCAUUUGGGGGUUCCCCUCGUCACCAGACUGGGUAAUCAAGAGGUCCCGGCGCCCCCUGAAGCAAUGGCUCAAGCCUUCCCACCCGCCCAGUACCCUCCUCCACCACAGAAUGGGAUGCCCGCUGAGUAUGCCACACCCCACACUCACCCGCCAACUGACUUCACAGGACCAAAUACGGUUGGCGAGCACGCCCUGACGCUGUACACGCCGACGCACACGCAGAGUGAACAGCCCGUGAAUGACAGCAGCGUCCCUGCACUCACAGCCAACACAGUAACGUUUUGCUUGCUUAAAGAUGGUUUCUCAGGGGAAGCUGUGUGGAGAGAAUGUUCUCCUCACCACAGUUACAAGCAGAUAGACGACGUCACACAGACGGAGGGUUCGCAGCAGCUUCACCUGCAGCCGAGUGACUCGUCAGAGAAACAGCAGCCCAAAAGAUUACACGUCUCCAACAUCCCUUUCCGUUUCCGGGACCCUGACCUGCGGCAAAUGUUUGGGCAAUUUGGCAAGAUUUUGGAUGUGGAGAUUAUUUUUAACGAGCGAGGCUCCAAGGGCUUUGGGUUUGUAACAUUUGAAACAACCGCCGAUGCUGAUCGCGCACGGGAGAAACUAAAUGGUACAAUCGUAGAAGGACGCAAAAUAGAGGUCAAUAAUGCCACAGCAAGAGUAAUGACCAACAAAAAAGUGGCAAACCCUUACGCAAACGGCUGGAAGCUGAAUCCAGUGGUUGGAGCCGUUUAUAGUCCUGAAUUUUAUGCAGUCACAGGGUUUCCAUACCCCACCGCAGGAGCAGCAGUGGCCUAUAGAGGAGCCCAUUUGCGAGGGAGGGGCCGGGCCGUCUAUAACACGUUCCGUGCCGCACCACCCCCUCCGCCCAUACCAGCCUACGGAGCUGUGGUCUACCAGGAUGGAUUUUAUGGGGCAGAAAUAUAUGGCGGAUAUGCAGCUUACAGAUAUGCCCAACCAGCUGCUACUGCUGCAGCUGCAUAUAGUGACAGUUAUGGCAGAGUCUAUGCAACAGCGGACCCGUAUCACCAUACGAUCGGUCCUGCAGCCACGUAUACCGUGGGCACGAUGUAAAUAAGACUCUAAAGUGAUGGGUACAGAUGGACAUCAAAAACUGAGAAGAAAAAUGUGGAAAGCAGAGAGACUACACGAAAAGACCAACAGAAACAAAAAGCGUGUUCCGGAGCCGUCGUAUGGAGAAGGGGAAAAAAAAAAAAAAAACCCAACCUGAAGGAUGAACGGAAGAUGAUUGUAGGCCUACUGCGAGGCCACGGCCCGAACCAUUGAAUCUCCGUAGUCUAUUAUGGGGCAGGAGGGGCUGCUGGCUCUGACCCCUGUCGAAAAACAAAACAAGCCUUGCUGAGUGGAAGAGACCAAGUUGACAGGCCACCAUAAAACAAUUUAUUUUUGUAAAAAAAAAAAAAAAAAAUCUGUUUAUCAUUUCCAAAAGGAACAAAGACUAAUGUAUGUAUUAUGAAUAUGUACGUGUGUAUAUCUAUAGUGUGUAUGUGUGUGUGUAUACAUAUACAUACACAUGCAUCUGGGUGUAAUACUGUAGGUAUGUUUAAAAAAAAAAAUGUGUCCUUACAAUUUAGAAGAGGAGCAGUGAGGUGACAGUCGAACCCCUGAUGUCUUCGGAUUGUAUCCCGUCGCGCAACACACUCACACCCAUGAAACCCCCCCUUUCUUCAUUGGGCUUCUGCCCGGUUGAACGAGGGGCUUGAUGGGUUUUUGUGUGCGCGUGUGUCUCGGAUGGGUCGCAGCCGGUCGAGGAGACGUUCCAAAUCUUGAAGGACAAAAGAUAAGGAGCCAGUGUCAUCUUCUUACUGUAGUGCGGUAGCUGUUACUUUUCUGGCAUGUCUUAUAAUGUCCACAAAAAAAAAAAAAAAAAAAAAGAAUGUGUGCCACUGCACUAGUCUGUACAGAUGGAAAUAAGAAAGAAUGAAUGGGGACGUUCUAUGAAUAGGUCAAGGUUCGAUACAGGAUACCUUUGCUGGAGGGCCUGCCAUCAUUCCAACCAAAUGUGUCGAUGUGGUGUCGUGGUCGAGGUGGCUGUGCUGUGUAGUGAACUGCUUUCAUCCGUUGUGUCGGGUUUUCGGUUGGGUGGGGCCAGACAGCGCACAAAUUAGACAAGACACGGGAGCUGCUCUGAAGCAUCGGACAGAGGGGACGGAAGAUUGGAGGAUUUAAAAUAAAACAAGAGAAAAGAAAAAAAAAAAAAAGCCCAGCCCGAGACCGUAUUUGGACAAUGACUGAGGUUUUGUGAUUUUAUUUUGAAAAGCCAGUCACAAUGGAUUUAAUGUCAUUAGUUUUUGGUGGUUGCAUAAAAUGAUUGAAUUACAUCAAUGUUUUUUAAUGGGCUCAGUAGUAUUUGGAGACAUGACACAAUUGUCAAGAAAACCAUAAUUUGUAAUCCAGGGUUUGGAUUACAAAUUACCCAACCGCAUCAAGUCCAUAAAGUGGUCCUACUUUGCGAAUGCUAGAUUUUUAAAAUUUUUUGUGAGUUCGCAUCAAUCAUGUCUCAACCGCUUUAUUUUAAAUCCAAUGUGUUGGUGCUCAAAGCCAAAAUCUCGGAAAUUGUCAACAAUCGUUGUCCAAAUGCUUCCGGGUUGAAUUCACUGUAUAAAGACGAAAAAGGGAGUCGAGGAAAAACAAAAGUUUUAUGAAGAGUCUCUUUCAUCCUUUCUAUUUAAAUGGAUCUCUCUCUUUAGUGACAUCCUUCUAUAUUUAAAACAUUGUACUAAUAACAUGCUGUUGGGCAUGACCGAAAAGUCAACUGUAGCCAUUUACUAAUGUUGUAUUUAUUGUAUUACUGGUAAGAAGACAAAAAAAAAAACAUUUAUAUAUGAAUAUAGAUAUAUAUCUAUUUGUGAUCUGCAGCUAUUGAGAAUAAGUUUGCCUUUGAUUUUCGACUCCCACGCAGGAUUUAAUGCACUGUCAAACGUAUGAAGAGUUUUCUACUCGGUGUGACGUUUUAUUCUGUUGACAUUCAUUUGGUUUUGUUUUGUUUUUCUUUUCAGUUCAGCUACUGAAUGUAAGUCAAAAACUCUCGGAACUUUCUAGGUAGGUGGUGUUGUUUUCUAUUGACAGUAUCUAUAUUUAAAAAAUACAGUGCUCUGUAAAUGAUAUAAAUGUGUAAAUGAUAUAGCAAAAUGUUUCUGAUAAGAUGCUGGACUUCUACUGACCCGGAGUGACUGUAUUAUCACGGUUCAUGUGAAAAAAAGAGGAUAAGCUAGAAUGAAAAUUGGAGGAGGGGAGCAUCCUGAAGGACCACCGGCACCCUGCAGCCGGUGAGAGAGAUAGAAAUGUUUAAUCAUUGCAGGAUCAGUUAGAAUUUUUCUUUGCCUGGCUUUUCAAAUUUGAUGAGAACAAGGAAAUUGGGAGCAGACCGUCCCGUGUGAAUAAUACAGAGGCAAAGAUGAAAAGGUCUUUUUUGAAAUAGUUUUUUUUCUACAGCUUCCCUGAAUCUUCGUGCUGUUAAGGUGCUACGGUUUGGUGUGUGCAGUCGUCGAAAGUUAAAAGUUAGUUUUUUUGUGAGGAAAAGGGGGUGGACAAAAUUUCGAGCUUUCAGAUUUCUUUCGUGUUUUUGAUUGCGUGUCGGUAUCAGUUUUAAAACUCAAGGAAUUGUCCGUUGCGGUGGCUUAUUAGUAGGAUUCAAACAAAUCAAAAUGAGAGCAUCAUAAUUGUAUGUUCAAAUAGUGUUUUGGGUUUUUUUCCCUAAGCAUUCAUUUGGAAAAUCUUGAUAAAAAAAAAAUCUUAAGAGUUUUUGAACCUCUGGAGCUAGCAUACGUCAAGCUAACGUCAUUUGUAAGGAAGUGGUAAGAAAGAGCAAAGGUAAACAUUGUAAGUAUGUAGCAGUUGUAGAAAGUUAAAAGUUAGGUUUUUCUGAGGAAAAGGGGGUGGACAAAAUAUUGAGCUUUCAAACUUCUUUAAUGUUUUUCAUGAGUGUAUAAGUUCGAAAACUCAAGGAAUUAUCCGGAGCGAUGGCUUAUGAGGAUUUAAACAAAUCAAAAUGAAAGCAUCGUAUUUUUCUUUUCAAAUAGUGUUGUUUUGUGUUCCCCCUUCAUUUAGAAUGUCUUUAUAAAUCAAUUUUUGAACCUCUGGAGCUAGCAUACUUCAAGCUAAUGUUUGGUCAUUUGAAAGGAAGUGGCAAGAGGGAGCAAAGGUAAAUAUUGUAAGUUUGUAGCAGUCUUUUUUAUUUCCCUGUGGCCUUAACGUUCGAGCUGCAUGCGGCAAUACAAUAAUGGGUACUCUUUUGGUUGUUUUGGCCGCUUGCAAAACCGUUCGUGGAGAUAGAAAAGGGCAGCUUUUGAAACUGGGUCUCAAAAUGGAAGUCACCGCUGUUUUUGCUGCUCACCGCUCCAACUCACCUAAAGUGCGGUUUACGUUUCCCGAGACGUAUGACUCACCCGGUUGAGUCUUUAAAAAUGUAAACAGCUGUGCGAUCAUUUUUGACAAGAUUGUCACAUUUUUCAAAUCUACAAAGAAACAAAAACUAUUUUACUCGACCAUUCUCGUUCGGGUGCGGACCUGACAGUAAAGAUUUAAAUCAGCACCGUGUGAUACACUUGGACAUGAUACUUAGCACCGCAUGGUUGAAUUAUUCAGCGAGAAACCAUGGCUAGAAUAUUUUAGGUCUUUUUGUCUCUUGAUGAUUAAGAUGAACAACAAAAAAAACUCCCGCACCAAAAAAAAUGUGAUGAAAACAAUCUCCAUGGCAGAGGUGUAUUGGCAGCCAUUGUUGUAGCUUAUUUUUCCACAAAUGUUUCGAUAUUUGAGUUUGACGGUGACAAUAUAUAUUCGCAGCGAUGAAUCUUAAUAAUUGGCUUUUUGCCCUUCGCCUUCACGGUGGUCAACUUUUGUCACACUUUUGAUUCACUAGUCUUGGCAUGAUUUUGUCCACCCUCUGAAAAAGAGCACUGUGCAUUGAUGAAUGUAGCAGCCUCAGGGUGCUUUUUUUUUCCCCUUCCCAGUGAGCUUUCAGGAAUCUCUGACAGAGGAGGGAAUUCUUGCCACAAAAUGACACAGAAAGCUGAAGUCUCCUCCUCCUCCUCCUCCUCCUUUUCUUUCUCUUCCACUGUACAAUGAACGAGUCGUCUUGUGUUCCGCUCAAAUAGAGUGCUGUUUGGAAAAAUAUCACGAGAUAGAUGCCUUCCGUGCAGCGGCAUUUGUAUCGUCAAAAAGUGCACAUGACACGUUAAGGACAGUCGGGUCAUGCAGUGCACGACGGUGCGCUCUCUGGUUGAAAGCCUUUUUCACAGACUGACACCAAAUGUGGGUGUGUGACUGCGGGGGGCGUCAAAGUGGAUUAUCUUUCACGAAAGGCUUACCCACCCUCAUCCCGCCGCGAUCCACCGCACUUUAACCGGGAUCAACCACUGGCAGUUGGAUCUGGAAAACGGAGGCAAAAAAAAAACAAAAACAAAAGAAGAAAACCCAAUGAAAGACUUAACAGAAAUCGAAACAAGAACAAACUACGAAAGCAACUAACGAUGUCAAUCUAAGCAGAGAUCGAGGUUCACUCGGAUCUUUGUCUUGUUCUUCUUGAAGCUAAAGUUUUCUGGGGGGGUUUUCUGUUAUUGGUUGAAGAUUUUCAUCCUGUUUACAUAUGACCCCCCCAAUUGCUAACUCUGGUUAGAAGUCAGGGGAUUUAAAAAAAAAAAAUACACACACAGAAGAGGCUUCCAUUCAGGCAUUCAUGGCAAAAUCCGGUCAUUCUGAGAGGAACCCUACAAGCUAGAAUGUCCCGUGUUUCCUUUCCCUUGAAGAUCUUCAUCCAUGACAAAUCCUUGAGCUUCCUUUCUAAUGUCUGCAAGAAGUUCCCCAUGUUAUUUUGUCAUAUACCUCAGACGCAAGAACGAAAGCAGAUUCUCCUGUCAAGUUUCCGGCCAACCAGACCCUUGCUUAACGCCACUUUGUUACCCCAGCUCCACCCGAAAAAAAAAA